GCCGCGCCAGUCGUGAGUUGGCGUUCGCUCUGUAUGCGCGCGUGCGCUCGCCACCAGCACUCUUUGCUCGAGAAACGCCAAAUUCUUUUGUUUUCGUCCGCCAAACAAAGCCACCCGUGUUUAAAUUCAUCGCCGCCUACCACAUUCGACUCAUUCUUCGACGGUUGUGUCGCGAAAACGCAUCUACUUGCUGCAGUCUGAAAACCUCGUGAGGAGUUGUCAGUGAAUGAAACAUACGUAAAUACUCAUCGUGUUUGGGUGUAGUUGUGGUGCGUGUCGCGUGUGCUGCGGAUUGGUGCGCAGUUUGAAAGCCAUCAGCUGAUUUUCGCACAUAUCGAUUAUUUUUCUGGAUUACUAUACGCACUGCGAGGGGAUUUCGGUAUCGUACGCACGUAACGCAACAGAUUGAAAGCAAAGCGGAGGAAAUCAUCACAAGACACAAGACAUCCCUGGGGGAGCUAGCUGAGAACGUAGGCCAAUUAGGAUAAUCAACACACAACAUGGAGAAGGAGAGCAAUCCAAUGCAGGCCCUCUGCCGGUCGGGGUGCGGCUUCUACGGAUGUCCAGCCACCGAUGGUUUAUGUUCAAUAUGUUAUAAGGAAGCUUUAAAGAAGAAACAACAACCGCCAGUUUCAGCGCCGAGCCCUUCCAGCAGUACGUUUGUACCGUCGCGCCCCAGCCCCAUGGAGACCGCGACGGCGCAGCCGACGGUACCGCGCCUCCCAUCGCCGAUUUGCAGCUCGGAACAGUCAACGACAGAUUUACCUAUUGCAGAAGAUGACAGUGUUAAUCCUGGCAGUAGUAGUGUUGAGGCGGCAGAUCACGAUGGCUCGGAUAAAGACGAUAAGGAUGCUAAAAAGAAAAAGAACCGUUGCGCCGUGUGUCGCAAGAAAGUUGGUCUUACAGGCUUUGAAUGCCGUUGUGGAGGUCUUUUCUGCGCGGCGCAUCGAUACAGCGACAAGCACGACUGCUCCUUCAACUACCGCGAGAUGGGCGCGCAGGAGAUCCGACGCAACAAUCCCGUGGUGGUCGGCGAAAAGAUUCAGAAGAUAUGAACCCCGCCACUAGUGCCAUCCGCAACGCAUAAUAAAAUUCAUCUAAUAACAAUUAAAAUAACACCGCCGAAGAUCUAGCGUCGUCAUCGUCGUCGACACACCACCUCCAACAGCAACAACAACAACAACAACACCAUCACUUCCACCACCACCAACAACGGAAACAGAACGCGCCCGAGUGCUGGAACGCUUAUUAAAAAGUGACUAGUGCGGAAAAACAUAAACGAUGAUUUAAAACAAAUAUAUAUAUUAAUAUUAUCUUAAAAACACACACACAAAAAGAAAGAAAAGAAUUCUAUAUAGUAUACUAUACAUAAUAUAUAUAAUUGAGAUGCGGAGGGAAGUCGGGGGAGCCGAGAGUCUGGAACGGAAGCGGGAUUUGCCACAACAACAACAACAACAAUAAACACGUUGAAGAUGCGGAUGGAAAUUGACGCGCACGCAAAUUUACAUUACAACUAAACUCUAUCAUAUUAAAAACACGAAAUUUUCAACGUAAAACCAAUCUGCUGCUGCUGCGAAUGUUGUUAACUAUUAAAACGUGUGUUGAUUCAAUUGCGCAACAAGAUUGUUACCCCAAUUGGCGGAGAUUGAUUCUUAUUUUUGUUUGCGUUUCUUGCGUUCACGUAAAAGCCGUACUUUUUAUUUGAAUUAUUUUGAUGACGAUAUAUGAGAACACUGCCUACCUCUUUACGGAAAGAAAUUUUGCUAAUUGACAACUGCUAAGUUAUAUUUUGUUAAAUUCGAUUCAGGCGAUUUGUUUUGAGUCUGUUUGAUUCAACAAAACAAUGUUUGCGAAUGCGGUUCCUCUCUGGAUUGAUGUGUAUUAAAUGUAGCAGUGCGUUUUUGACUAGCAAGGAAGUCGCUUGUAGAGACUUGGAUAUCGACAUCAAUCAUUUGUUUGUGAAAUCUUAUAAAUUCGAACACACACAUACACAAGCAUAGCGUGAUAUUUUUGACGACUGAUGACGCGCGUUUCUGUUAUAACAAGAAUUGUUUAUUAUCUGGGGCAAUGUGUAUAAUACUAAAGUAGGUGUGUGUGUGUGUGUGUGUGAGUGAGGGUGGCGAUGCUGUAAGGAGGGCGUGCGAAAUGCCUGACUUCGUUUGCGCGUUUGGACAUGUUUGCGUUCGUUGCGAUUUUCUCGGUUCUCUUCUAGACGUAUUUUGCAAUUUGCAAUUGUUUUGAAUUGAUUGAAUUGGAUAUAAGAUGUCUCUGUUGUCGUGUGUCGGCUGAAGGGGUGUGGUAGACUUGCAACCCGGCAAAGUUGGCCGAUUUUACGCAUCCGAAUUGAAUUUAUUCACAUUGAUUAUGAUUGUUUUAUGUAUCUAUUUCGCCAAAACGCAAAACGACAAAAAAAUGAAAUAACUGUGGUGUAUUUUUCAAAAUAUAGUUAGUUAAUUUGUUUUUAGUAGCAUAAUUAUAUUGUUUCUCUAUUUACUACUAUUAUCCAUAUAAAAUUAUAUAUAUAAACAUAUAUAAAAUUU